UACAUUUCUGUGGGGAAGUGGCAAGUUGCUGCAGGCAGAACUGACUUCCGUGUAUCUUUCAGCACAUUAGCAUCAAUGGGAAGAUACAGUGUGAGCCCUGUCCCCAAAUGUCUUCUACUGAUGUUCCUGGGUUGGUCAGGGCUGAAGUAUUACCAAGUGAAUGCAGCUCAGCUCAGGGAGUACCGUAUAGCUGCUCAGCUGGAAGACUGGGAUUACAACCUCCAACCUGAGGAGCUAUCCAGAUUAUCAGAGUCAGAUCGUACGUUUCAAAAAAUUGUCUAUAGAGAAUAUGAACUAGAUUUCAAACAAGAAAAGCCAAGAGAUGAGCUCUCAGGGCUCCUAGGGCCAACACUACGUGGAGAAGUGGGAGACAUCCUCAUAAUUUAUUUCAAGAAUUUUGCUACUAAGCCUGUGAGCAUUCACCCGCAGAGUGCUGUGUACAACAAAUGGUCAGAAGGUUCUUCAUAUUCUGAUGGAACAUCAGAUGUGGAAAGACUGGAUGAUGCUGUGCCUCCAGGCCAGUCGUUCAAGUAUGUGUGGAAUAUCACUGCAGAAAUUGGGCCAAAGAAAGCUGAUCCUCCCUGUCUCACUUAUGCCUACUACUCACAUGUAAACAUGGUGCGAGACUUUAAUUCUGGUCUCAUUGGUGCUUUGCUGAUAUGUAAAGAAGGAAGCCUGAAUGCAAAUGGUACACAAAAACUCUUCAACAGAGAAUAUGUACUGAUGUUUUCUGUGUUUGAUGAAAGCAAGAACUGGUACAGAAAGCCCUCACUACAAUACACAAUUAAUGGGUUUGCCAAUGGAACAUUGCCUGAUGUUCAGGCUUGUGCUUAUGAUCAUAUUAGCUGGCAUUUGAUAGGAAUGAGUUCCAGUCCUGAGAUCUUCUCUGUUCACUUCAAUGGACAAACCUUGGAACAAAACCAUUACAAAGUGUCAACCAUCAACCUUAUCGGAGGUGCCUCAGUAACAGCCAAAAUGUCAGUGAGCAGGACAGGAAAAUGGCUAAUAUCUUCUCUGGUUGCAAAGCAUCUACAAGGCAAGGUUUUCUUUAUUAACAGGCAAGCUGUAUAAUUACACUUAAAAAUUCAUUCUCUUGUGUAGAACUCAUACAAAUCAUCAUAUCCCAAAGACAGUAGCAUGAAUGGGAGGUACAAUUUGCAAAAUGAUUCCAGA